CCCUGGAAACACCCCUCAAAAAAGAAAAGAAAAACUCAUCGCAGAGCCGCCGCCGACCGUAGCACAGCGGCAGAGAAGUGCGGCAAGCGGCCAUGGACUUCUGCCCGGCGUGCGGGAUGCUGCUGCAGAUCCAGCCGGCCACCGGCGGCCACCGCCUGCGCCUCUUCUGCCCCACCUGCCCGUACGUCUGCCCCAUCAAAAACAAGAUCGUGAAGAAGGCGAGGCUGGUCAAGAGGGAGGUGGAGUCCGCGGAAUCUGCCCCCAAGACUGAGGGUGAGCCCAAGGAAUCGGCCCCCAAGACUGACGGUGAGCCCAAGGCCGAUGGUCAGCUCAAGCAAUCUGCCCCCAAGACUGAGGACUGUCUACAUGAGUAACCUGGAGCGGAAUUCAUAUUUUGCCAAACACUCUGCUAAUACACAUAUGAAGCAUUCGCUUUCAGGUACAUGACCAAAUUGACACAAUGGAGAAACAUACUUUUGGCAGAUGUGGAUUCGAUUAGUACAUGUCUACAAGCAUUGUGAAACUUGAGUAUCUGGACAUGCGAACAUGUGGAGCUUCUUUGAUCAAAUUAUGUUGCAGCACACAAUGCCAAAAGCCACCAAUCUUGUGCAAAGUAAAGUGAUAUACAUCUGACAGUGCAGAAGCUCACUUCAAUGUUGGUUUGUUAAUUGGACGCUUCCUUUUUUUGCGGGGUAAUUGGACACUUCCUUUAUGUGACAUUGCAGGCUUUUUGGUAUGGAGAUGCUUUUUGUGUGUGUGUGUGCGCGCGCGCUAGAGGUGUUGAUUUGGUGUAUGAAUACUCUUCUUAUUCAACCAGCACAAGAAUGGGUAUGAUUGUGAGUC